CUAAUUUGUGGGAACGAACGGGUGGAGAAAAAUUGUCAUCGCUCGCUGCGAUUUAUUGUGAUAAAAUUUGUUAAAAGGCAACGCAAAUAAGUUGAAAAAUCAACGCAAUGGCCUGCAACGCAAGCAAGACGCACCUCUUGCGCGCUAUCGCUAAACGCGGUUAUGCCACCUGCCCACGCCUCGUCGGCGACACUUCACCCAUCAAUGUCAACGUGCUCGAGAACAAGCUGGUCGUGGCCACAGCCGAUGCCUCGGUGCCCGUUUCCCGUGUCUCGAUUGUGCUGCGCGCCGGCUCCCGCUACGAGGCGUACGACACGCUGGGCGCCUCGCAUUUGCUGCGUCUGGCUGGCAGCCUGAGCACGCAGAGAUCCUCGGCAUUUGCGAUUGCCCGCCACAUUCAGCAGGUGGGCGGCACCUUGACCACCUGGGGUGAUCGCGAGCUGGUUGGCUAUACCGUGGAGACGACCUCGGAUAAUGUGGAGACCGGCCUGCGCUAUCUGCAGGAUCUGCUGCAGCCCGCCUUCAAGCCCUGGGAGCUGAAGGACAAUGCCAAGACGCUGCACAAUCAGCUGGAUGCCGUCACAACCGAGGAACGCGCCAUUGAGCUGGUGCACAAGGCCGCCUUCCGUCGCGGCCUGGGCAACUCCAUCUAUAUACCCCGAUUCCAGUUGGGCAAAAUCUCCAGCGAGAGCCUACUGCACUAUGUGGCCAACACUUUUUCGGCCGGCACCGCAGCCGUUGUUGGCGUCGGUAUUGACAACAACCUGCUGUCCGGCUUUGCCCAGACCCUCAGCUUCCCCAGCGGCGGCGGCAACAGCAGCAAGAGCAGCGCCAGCUAUUAUGGCGGUGAUGCGCGCAAGGACACGGCGGGACAUCGCGCCGUUGUCGCUGUUGCCGGCGAAGGUGCCGCCGCUAGCAACCACAAGGAAGCGCUGGCAUUCGCCAUACUAGAGCAGGCAAUUGGCGGCGAUGCUGCCACCAAGCGUGGCAAGUCGGCCGGUGCCUUUAGCGAGGCUGCCAGCUGCGCCAGCGAUGCGCCCGUUGCGUUGAAGGCCCUCAACAAGAGCUACUUGGAUGCUGGCCUCUUUGGCUUUGUGGCGUCCGCCGAUAGCAAGGAUAUUGGCAAGACUGUUGAGUUUCUGGUGCGCGCUCUCAAGUCCGGCUCCGUCUCCGACAAGGAUGUGGCACGCGGCAAGGCGCUGCUCAAGGCACGCAUCAUCUCCAACUACUCCUCCGACAGCGGUCUGAUCAAGCAGAUUGGUCGCCAGGCGGCUUUGACCAGAACCGUUUUGGAGGCCGACGCCCUGGUGGCUGCCAUCGAUGGCAUCUCGCUGGACCAGGUGCAGGCGGCUGCCAAAAAGGUUGCCGGCUCCAAGCUGUCUGUCGGCGCCAUCGGCCACCUGGCCAAUGUGCCCUACGCAUCCGAUUUGGCUUAAGUAGAUAAUCUUGUUAACUGUAUAUGUAAUUUAAACCCUGCUGCCGGCGAGAUCUAACGAAAUAAACCUGUUGGAAGUCA